AAGUAGUUCAGGUAGGACUGCCAUCUGGUGCAGGGAAUAACCGUUAAUCCGAGGCCGUAAAAACAUAAUUCCGGAACGAUUUCAGCCAACAUUAUUCGCAAGAUUACAAUAGAAGCCCGCUGCAGCUGCACUUUCGACCAGUCGCAAACCUUUUCGUUACCUGUUGCUAAUUCCGCCAAGACAAUGGCCGCCGGAUUCCGUCCAUACCUUCGGGACUCUAACCUUACAAAUAGCGAGGCACCGGGAAUUAGCAUGUCAGUCAUCCACAGCUCGGAGCCGCAGCCGCACUCACUGCCGGCCUUAUACUUUCAUCCACAAACUGCCGUUCUGCCCUCCGUCCAGUUCUCGCAUCCGUAUCACCAGUAUCUAAGCCAAUUUGCGCCGAACUUCGUGCCCUACUAUUACCGCCUGCUCUCGCGUCCGAUUAUGAAGCAGGAGGAGAUGGAUAUCGAAAACUACAUCAAUUACGAGGUGGCCGCCCAGCAGGCCAUAAUGCGCCAGAGGAGCUCGAAGCCUUUGGGACAGUUACAGCCACUGAUGCAACCUCCGCCAGUGCAACAAAUCCCAAUGAAAAUUCCCCGAAAGGAAGUUCGACGCAGUUCGCCUCCCAAGCGUCGCAUUAUCAACGCCCAAUUGGUGGCCAUAGCCACACCUUCGGGAGGCAUUAAGAACAUUGAACCACAAAUUGAGCCUCUUCCGCCCGUGGAGGAUUCCUUCAAGCAGCAGGUGGCUAAAAUCCAGAAGAGCCAGCACCACUAUGAACAGCUCUUUGGGAGACUCACCUCGAUGUUGAAGACCCUCAACCAGCGCUACGAUAAUGAUUACGAGAGUGUGCCUGCUCCGCCGUCGAAGAGGCCCCGCCAUAUGUCCACCAGCUCCGCGGAGUCGCAUCUCCCCGACAACGCCUCCGAAAACGAACGGGAGAAUCUGGUUCAGUAUCCACAGCGAGUGAAAAAGGAGGAUGGCAGUACUGUGUAUGUACUAGGUCCGAAUGGCACCGAAAUCACCGCCCACCAGUACGGAGAGGUGUUCUUCACAAAUGCUCCAGUGGCGACCAGAUGUCUCCUGUGCGUAGUCUUUAGCAGCGAUGAGUUGGCCACGCACACUCUCACAGGAAAACCCUCCCCUGCCUUCUAUGGCCGGGAAAGACCUCCCAAGCUGCAACUCGACCAGCGCAAGGUCGACGAUAUUGUGGUUUGUGUUAUGAACCGAACCGGAGGCAAGGAGCGUGUCAUUAGAGCCACCAUCACCACAAAGUGCGCGGAUACGGCCAAGAAGUACAAGCGCAGAGCCAAAAAGGCACAGAUAAUGGCAAUAAAAGAUGAAUGUUAGCGGAUAGAAGACACGAUUUCAGUUCUAAAUAAUUAAGUGGCUAGAUUAAAUCCAGCUUAAAACUUUGAAAGAAAUUUAACUUAACGACGUGCCAAGAAGGUGCUAAGGCGACUGAAAAUAGUAUGUAAUGGGGGGCUAGUAAUUAAAUAGCUGUGAUUAAAUAAAUAACUGAAAAAACUAA